AUUGGAGAGUAUACUGUCAUUGGGGUGAAACCCGGAAUUACCCACAAAUGGGAGAGGCAAGCCAAAUAUUAUAAGGGGGAAAAAAAUGAAAUUAGCGGUAACAGUGAAAACCCAGCCCUAGAAUUGGUCCAAUCCGACGUCAACCUUUAUAAACCCUGCAAUAUCAACGCCUUAGAACCUUUUCUCAAUCUAGCGUAACUGUGGCGUCUCAAAUCUUGAGGCGCUCUUUUCCUUCCAAAUUCCUUUCGAUUUCCUCCUCCUCCCUGUUUUGCUCCCGGAGAGUAAGUUUCUGUAGUAUUGCUACUGAUAUGGCGGACGGAGAGCCCAAGGAAAGCCGAAAAAGGCGAGAUGAUCUAUUGAGUUAUGAAUCUCAGGUCCAGAAAUGGUGGGCUGAGGGCGAUGUCUUCAGGGCCGAUGCAAAGGAAUCUGUUCCCCUACCUGGAGAGAAGUUUUUUGGGAACUUUCCAUUUCCAUACAUGAAUGGGUACUUGCACUUGGGUCAUGCUUUUUCCCUAUCAAAGCUCGAGUUUGCAGCUGCGUAUCAUAGGUUAAGGGGUGCAAAUGUGCUGCUUCCAUUCGCUUUUCAUUGUACUGGUAUGCCUAUCAAGGCUUCAGCCGAUAAGCUUUCUAGGGAGAUUGAGAUGUAUGGAUACCCUCCAGUCUUUCCUGUAGUAAACGAGGAAAGUGAUGAGCCUGAAGCGAAACCCGGAGGUGAAAGUGAGGGGAAUGAGACGGCUCCGGGUGGUAAAUUCAAAGGGAAGAAAUCAAAAGCUGUUGCUAAGACUGGUGGGAUCAAGUUUCAGUGGGAGAUAAUGCAGAGUUACGAUCUAACUGAUGAAGAAAUUGCAGCCUUUAGAGAACCUUCUCAUUGGUUGAAAUAUUUCCCGCCCCUUGCUGUUGAGGAUUUGAAGGCUUUUGGCUUGGGUUGUGAUUGGAGAAGAACGUUUAUAACAACUGACAUAAAUCCAUACUUUGAUGCCUUUGUGAGAUGGCAAAUGAGGAAAUUGAAAGCAAUGGGCAAAAUUGUUAAGGAUUUAAGAUAUACAAUUUACUCUCCCUUAGAUGGGCAGCCAUGUGCAGACCAUGAUCGUGCAUCUGGAGAAGGUGUCAUUCCACAAGAGUACACUCUUAUCAAAAUGGAGGUAGUUGCACCUUUUCCACCAAAAAUGAGUGUCUUGGAGGGUAAAAAAGUCUAUCUUGCUGCAGCUACCUUAAGGCCAGAAACUAUGUACGGGCAAACAAAUGCAUGGGUUCUGCCGGGCGGCAAGUAUGGUGCAUUUGAAAUAAAUGACACAGAAGUGUUCAUCUUAACUAAGAGGGCAGCCCUUAAUUUGGCUUAUCAGCGACUAUCCCGCGUUCCAGAGAAGCCAACUUGUUUGAUUGAGUUGACAGGUCAAGAUCUCAUUGGGCUGCCACUAAAAUCUCCAUUGGCUUUUAAUGAAAUUAUAUACACUUUGCCGAUGCUCUCAGUUCUCACGGAAAAGGGAACUGGGAUUGUUACUAGUGUCCCCAGUGAUUCACCUGAUGAUUAUAUGGCUCUUCAGGAUCUGAGAUCAAAACCAGCGUUUAGAGCUAAGUUUGGGGUGAAAGAUGAAUGGGUUUUACCAUUUGAGAUCAUACCAAUUAUUAACCACCCUGACUUUGGAGAUCGAUCUGCCGAGAGAAUUUGCAUAGAGAAAAAGAUAAAGAGCCAAAAUGAGAGAGAAAAGCUCGAUGAGGCUAAGAAAAUUAUCUAUAAAGGGGGAUUUUAUGAGGGAACCAUGACUGUAGGAGAAUAUGCGGGACUGAAAGUCCAGGAAGCUAAGAGUUUGAUCCGGAACAAACUUCUUGAGAGUAAUGAAGCUGUUGUAUAUAGUGAGCCAGAAAAGAAGGUCAUGUCAAGAUCUGGGGAUGAGUGUGUUGUGGCUUUGACUGACCAAUGGUACCUCACUUAUGGAGAAGCAGAAUGGAGGAAAUUAGCUGAAAAAUGCUUGGCUAAAAUGAAUCUCUAUUCUGAUGAAACUCGACAUGGGUUUGAGCAUACUUUGAGUUGGCUGGACCGAUGGGCAUGUUCUCGGAAUUUUGGACUUGGGACUCGUAUUCCUUGGGAUGAGGAGUUUCUCGUUGAAUCUCUGUCAGAUUCCACCAUCUAUAUGGCAUACUAUACUGUGAGUCAUUUUUUGCAAAGGGGAGACAUGUAUGGUGAUGAUACUUCAGCGGUAAAGCCUGAACAGCUGACUGAUGAGGUGUGGGAUUUCUUAUUUUGUGGUGGUCCUUAUCCCGAAUCUUCAGCUUUAUCUUCUGAUCUCCUCUACAAGAUGAAGCAAGAGUUUGAGUAUUGGUAUCCCUUUGAUUUAAGGGUUUCUGGGAAGGACCUGAUUCAAAACCAUCUUACAUUUUGCAUCUACAACCAUACGGCGAUAUUUCCCGAUAACCAUUGGCCACUGGGAUUCAGGUGCAAUGGGCAUAUCAUGUUGAACGCUGAAAAGAUGUCCAAGUCCACGGGAAAUUUCAGGACUCUUCGCCAAGCAAUUAAGGAGUUCUCAGCUGAUGCUACGAGAUUUGCACUUGCAGAUGCUGGUGAUGGCAUGGAUGACGCCAACUUUGUCUUUGAAACUGCUAAUUCAGCAAUCCUACGGCUGACUAAGGAGAUAGCUUGGAUAGAGGAGGUUCUCGCUGCAGAGGCAUCUUUGAGAACUGGCGAUGCUUCUACUUAUGCUGAUAAAGUGUUUGAUAAUGAAAUGAAUAUUGCGGUGGAGGUGACAGAAAAGAACUAUAGCGAAUACAUGUUCCGGGAAGCUCUCAAAUCAGGCUUCUAUGACCUUCAGGCUGCCAGGGAUGAAUACAGGCUCUCUUGCGGCUCUGGAGGCAUGAAUCGGAAACUUGUAUUGCAGUUUAUUGAUGUACAAACACGCCUUAUUGCUCCAAUCUGUCCCCAUUAUUCUGAAUAUGUUUGGAGGAAGCUUCUGAAGAAGGAAGGUUUUGCAAUAAAAGCAGGAUGGCCUGAAGCUGGUUCACCAGAUUUCAUUCUUAAAAAGGCCAAUCAGUAUUUGCAAGACUCGAUUGUCUCAAUGAGGAAGCUUUUGCAGAAGCAGGUUUCUGGUACAAAAAAAGGCAAUGCCAAUGUAUCGAAUACUCAGAACAAACCAACAGUUGGCCUGAUAUUUGUAAACGAGCUUUAUGAUGGAUGGAAAAAGGAGUGUUUAAUCAUUCUAGAGAAACAUUUUGAUCCAGUCAGCCGCACAUUUGCCCCAGAUCAAGAUAUACUCACUGAAUUGCUCACUGAAUUGCAGAAAAGUCCUGUUGGACAGGGUGUUAACCUUAAGCAAAUGCAGAAACUCUGCAUGCCCUUUUUGAGGUUCAAGAAGGAUGAAGCUAAGGCAGUUGGGAAACAAGCAUUGGAUCUGAAGCUGCCAUUUGGUGAGAUUGAGGUUCUUCAGGAAAAUUUAGAUUUGAUUAAGCGGCAGUUAGGCCUGGAAAAGUUGGAGAUCUUGUCCGCGGACGAUCCUGUCGCUGUUCAAAGAGCUGGGCCUCAUGCUUCACUUCUGAAGCAGAAUCCACCCUCUCCAGGCAAUCCAACCGCAAUAUUCUUGAAUGAAUGAUACAGUUCUGAAACUUCGGCAAAAAUGAUAUCAGGUAUUGAUUUAAAUUUCCCAUCUUGUUUAUUGAGAUGCUAGUUUCCGGUUCAUGUUCUCCCAAGUCUGGUCAGGUACCAUAGAAGUACUGACGUCAUCAUAAUAAUAGUAAAUUGUUGCCCUUGGCUUACCGGGGAAUAGAAUGAGUUGAUUUCCUAGAAAUUUAUUUCAUUUGUAGAUAGCCGCCAUCUAUGAAUUUAAUAUUUUUGACAUUAAGGCUGUUGCUUGAUUCCAUCUUCAGUUGACAUUAAGGCUAUUGUGUGAUUCCAUUUCACCUUGUUUGAUGCUCCCCUGAUUAAUUUGUGGUCCGAGCCUCCAAUCUCAUUUGUUGAGUACAUUUUUUCUUGUGUGACAUAAUGACUUUUCGGGUGUAUUUUCUGCAGGUAGGAGAAGUAAAGAUAAGUGCCAGUUUGGGUUUUGGUGAAGCAAGUUUGAUGGGCUACAAGUUCUCUCACUUCUACACUAUCAUAUAAUCUCAGAAUUGCUUUGAUGUUUUGGCCGUUGAUGGCUUUCUUUUAGGCUAAAGUUUACCUUCAAAGUUUUGUACACUUCAAUUUUGUUAUUGCCUUUUUGACGCAUGAACAUGAUACUCCUAUACAGAUUGAGAACUGUACUCACUGUUUUUUGAGCACUCUAUUAGCCUCUGUUCAGUAUUAUUCUCUCUUCUUCUUUUUUUUUCAAAAAGAAAAAUGUAUUUGUAAAGUUUUUGUGGUAAUGUCAAUCAUCCAGGGUUACCAUCUCACCACCCAAUGUUAUUAUUGGCAAAAUGAAAAAUCAACAACUAAAUUAUUAUUAAACUCUUAAGGGG